AUGGGGUGGAUUCAUAACGCCAAUGCCAAGAUCGCCGCUAGCCCGGUCGGUCGGUGGUUCCAACUUGAAGGCUCCGGUCAUCCCCGAGAGCGUAAGGGCUCGUACUUCUUCACCGAGAUCCGUGCUGGUCUUGUCGCCUUUUUCGCCAUGGCUUACAUCAUUGCCGUCAACUCGUCCAUCGUGUCUGAUACCGGCGGCACCUGUGUUUGCCCUCGUACAGCCGAUGACUUUACUUGCGACAAGGACGAAGAUUAUCUGCUGUGCGUGGCUGAGGUGAAGCGCGACAUCGUCACUGCUACCGCCGCCAUCUCUGCUCUGGCCACCUUUUUCAUGGGUCUGCUUGCCAACAUGCCCGUUGGUUGCGCGCCGGGCAUGGGUCUGAACGCCUACUUCGCUUACUCUGUCGUCGGCUACCACGGGACCGGCGCCGUUCCCUACCAGGUCGCCCUCACUGCCAUCUUCAUUGAGGGCUUCAUAUUUUUCGGCCUCGCUCUGCUUGGGAUGCGCCAGUGGCUUGCCCGUGCCAUUCCCCGCUCUAUCAAGCUCGCCACCGGUGUCGGCAUCGGCUUCUUCCUCACCCUGAUCGGUCUGACUUACAGCGAAGGUAUCGGCCUGAUCGUCGGUGCCACCUCCACCCCCUUAGAGUUGGCCGGAUGUGAGCAAGGCCUCAUGGUGGACGGCCUUUGCCCCUCUUCAACCAAGAUGCGCAGUCCAACCAUGUGGAUUGGCAUCUUCUGCGGUGGCAUACUGACCGUCAUGCUCAUGAUGUACCGCUUCAAAGGCGCCAUACUCGCUGGCAUCAUCCUUGUCAGCAUCAUCUCCUGGCCCCGCGGGACCGACGUUACCUACUUUCCCUACACUGCUGUCGGGGACUCAAACUUCGACUUCUUCAAAAAGGUUGUCGAUUUUCACCCCAUUCAGCAUACCCUCAAUGUCCAGGAAUGGAAUGUUGCCGGAUACAGUGGCGCCUUCGGCCUUGCCCUCAUCACCUUUCUAUAUGUCGAUAUUCUUGACUGUACCGGCACGCUGUACUCGAUGGCUCGAUUCGCAAACCUCAUCGACGAGGACACGCAGGAUUUCGAGGGCUCUUCUGUCGCUUACAUGGUUGACGCCCUUAGCAUUUCGAUUGGCGCCCUCUUCGGCACUCCCCCAGUCACUGCUUUUGUCGAGUCAGGCGCCGGCAUCUCUGAGGGCGGAAAGACUGGCAUCACUGCAAUGAUGACUGGACUUUGCUUCUUUAUAUCAGUCUUCUUUGCUCCUAUCUUCGCUUCUAUUCCAUCCUGGGCUACCGGCUGCGUCUUGGUUCUUGUUGGAUCCAUGAUGGUCCGGGCCGUGACCGAGAUCAAUUGGAGAUAUAUGGGCGAUGCUGUCCCUGCCUUCAUUACUAUGGCUCUUAUGCCCUUCACAUAUUCCAUCGCCGAUGGCCUGAUUGGUGGUGUCUGCAGCUACAUCUUGAUCAACACCCUAGUCUGGGUGAUCGAGAAGGCCUCUUUUGGCCGUAUAGUUCCCCCUAACAAGGACGAGAAAGAUCCUUGGACGUGGCGCAUUCCUGGCGGCAUCCUUCCGCCGUGGGUUAGACGUCUCAUCAAGGGCAAGAAGGACUUCUGGCGUGCAGACCACCAAGAUGGCGGCAACGUCGCCGAGGAGCCUCAGCCCCUGGAGAAGACGGCCAGUUCUGACCAGGGUGGCUCGGUGAACGGCAAAGACAAGGACGUUGGCGAGACCAUCUCACCGCGGGGUGACAGGUCAUCUUGA